UGAGUAGUCCACACAUGAAAAUAACACCUGAGAAAUCCACUUCCCACUUUACAAGCUGUUAUGUAAGACAACAACCCUUGUGCAUCUCCGUGCGGGAUGACACAUCCAGCGGUGGCAGCUGGAGCAGCGAGUGAGUCCUUUAUGGUUCAAUGAUUUCACUUCUUCAUUACGGCCUGUACCUGUCCUCACUGGUCCUUUUCUUCCUCUCUGUCUGUCCCUCUAUCCCUCCAUCGCCUCGUCACUCCUGCCAUUAUAUUUCCUGGCAGCAGCCGUCGUGGGGCUGGACCUUGAGGAAAUUAAAAAUCUUUGUUGCUUUGUUGCGCUCCCCUGUGGGUGGAUGGUCAUCCAUAAAGUCCUGUAUUAUGGCCUGUCACAUAUGCACACACACACACGCACAAAGACAUACUGUACUUAAGAUAAAAACAUACACACUUACAUCCGCACAUACUGUACAAUAGGCUAUACAUUUACUCAUGGUGACAAGUAGGCACACAGACUCAAAGCCAAACAAAGAUGCAGUAUAUUCAUUAACUUGAGUUGCUGUGUUCAUUAACUCAGAAUUUGAGGAUCACUCUGUUGUGUGUGCGUGUGUGUGCCAGUUGUCAUCUGUCUGGUAUCGCCUUAAAUAUAAUGAAGACAAAUAUUGAUAUGCUCUUUGUUCUCAUAUAUGUUCUAGUUGUAGAACCAGUAACCGAAAAAGCCUCAUCCUGACUAGUACGUCCCCGACCCUGCCACGGCCGCAUUCUCCACUGCCUGGACACAUAGGAAGCAGUCCGUUGGACAGCCCACGCAACUUCUCACCAAGCGGACCUGCCCACUUUUCAUUUGCCUCUUCUCGCAGUGAAACUCUGGACACACAAACAUGCAAAAUGAAACUGCAUGCCUCUGCCCUGUCAUUGUCCUACGCUGCUCCCACCAAGUGUCCGUGUGACAGAGCUUUGACAGCAGGCCGAGAUGAAUGAGGCGAGGUGCCAGGAUUUUGCCCAAACGUGUAUCCCUCAUCACUCACUCAGAGGAAGUGUCAGACUCAGGGGUGGCUGGAGAACGCCUGAGGGAAGAGCAGAAUAAAAAGAACAUAAGUGCAAUUUGCUAGAUUGAAAGGAAGUGAAGGUGGUGAAAUUGCUUUAGUAUAACCACUGAUUGUGUUGUUUGAUGAGACUAAAAUAGAAACUGAUAUUGGAGUUUUGGCUGUUGAAAGAGGCAGAGAAAACCAUUUCAUUCUAACACAUGUUCUCCCUUUUCCACUUUCCUUUCUUUUCUCCUCAGGGCUGAUGGUCGUAGAUGGUCCCUGGCUUCUCUGCCAUCCUCAGGAUAUGGCACCAACACACCUAGUUCAACAAGAAGCAGAGAUGGAUGAUAAAGAGGGGCAACAGAGACAAAAAAGCCAGUGUAGGUGGAAGGCAAACGUGUUUUGAAGCAAACCGAGAGACAACAACAAUGUUCACUUUUGUCUGAGUGAAAGCAUACUACUCAGAGAAAUGAACACUGCCAAGGCCCAUUUGUCAUCCAGCUCAUCCCAAGAGCGUCUGCACCAGCUGCCCUUCCAGCCGACCAUGGACGAGUUGCACUUCCUGUCCAAGCACUUUGGCAGCACUGAGAGCAUCACAGACGAUGAUGGAGGCCGACGCUCGCCGCACGUCCGCCCUCGCUCUCGAAGCCUUAGCCCGGGGCGCUCUCCAUCCUGCUAUGACAAUGAAAUAGUGAUGAUGAACCAUGUCUACAAGGAGCGAUUCCCCAAGGCCACAGCUCAGAUGGAGGAGAGGUUGGCAGAGUUCAUCCACAACUACUCCCCAGAGAGUGUUCUACCACUGGCCGAUGGUGUCCUCAGCUUCAUCCACCACCAGGUAGCCGAGCUGUCCAGGGAUUGCCUGACCAAAUCUCGUGAGGGCCUCAUCACCAGCGUCUACUUCUGUGAACUGCAGGAGAACCUGGAGAGGCUGCUGAAUGACGCUUAUGAACGCUCAGAGAGUUCGGAGCUGACCUUCGUCAUUGAGCUGGUGAAAAAGCUCUUUAUCAUCAUAUCUCGUCCAGCCAGGCUCCUGGAGUGUUUGGAGUUCAACCCUGAAGAGUUUUACCAUCUGCUGGAGGCAGCGGAGGACCAUGCCAAGGAGGGACAACUGAUGAAGGCAGACAUCCCUCGAUACAUCAUCGGCCAGUUGGGGCUAACCAGAGACCCUCUGGAGGAAAUCGUGAGCCUUGACAGCUACGACAGUGAGGGUCCACAUACUCCAGAGACUGACGACUCAGCAGAGGGAAAAGGGAGAGCCAUCAAGCCUCCGAGUGAAGAAGAUUUUCAGAGCAUCAAGCUGAUCAGCAACGGCGCUUAUGGUCCCUCCAGUUUUCACUUCUUGGCUCUUCUAUCUCGUCAUCUCUCCAGCGCUGUCUACCUGGUGCGCCACAGGGAGACACGUCAGCGUUUUGCCAUGAAGAAGAUCAACAAGCAGAAUCUGAUCCUGAGGAACCAGAUUGAACAGGCGUUCGUAGAAAGGGACAUCCUCACCUUCGCAGAGAACCCGUUUGUCGUCUCCAUGUUCUGCUCCUUUGAAACGCGGAGACAUCUGUGCAUGGUCAUGGAAUAUGUUGAGGGUGGGGAUUGUGCCACUUUGCUGAAGAACAUUGGGGCUCUGCCCGUGGAGCUGGCGAGGAUGUACUUUGCAGAGACUGUUUUAGCUUUGGAAUAUCUGCACAACUAUGGUAUCGUCCAUAGAGACCUCAAACCUGACAAUCUACUAAUCACCUCCAUGGGACACAUCAAGCUCACAGACUUUGGCUUGUCGAAGAUGGGUCUAAUGAGCCUCACCACCAACCUGUACGAGGGACACAUUGAGAAAGAUGCCAGAGAGUUCCUGGAUAAGCAGGUAUGUGGCACUCCAGAGUACAUCGCUCCUGAGGUGAUUCUCCGUCAGGGUUAUGGAAAGCCGGUGGACUGGUGGGCCAUGGGCAUCAUCCUCUAUGAGUUCCUGGUGGGCUGUGUGCCUUUCUUUGGGGAUACUCCGGAGCAGCUGUUUGGACAGGUCAUCACAGACGAUAUAGUUUGGCCUGAAGGUGAUGACGCCUUGCCUGCGGAUUCCCAGGACCUCAUCUCAUCCCUGUUGCAGACCAACCCUCUUGUGAGGUUGGGUACAGGUGGAGCAUUUGAGGUGAAGCAGCACUCAUUCUUCACAGAGCUGGACUGGAACAGUUUGCUGAGACAAAAGGCAGAGUUCAUCCCUCACCUGGAGUCAGAGGAGGACACCAGCUACUUUGAUACCCGCUCGGAUCGUUAUCAUCACAUCAAUACGUAUGACGAGGAUGACACCAAUGACGAUGAGCCUGUAGAGAUCAAACAGUUCUCUUCCUGUUCUCCUCGCUUCAGCAAGGUGUACAGCAGCAUGGAGCAUCUGUCUCAGCUGGAGCAGAAAGCCUCGACCUCUGUGUCCCGCCGGGAGCACAAGGGUCCGCGCGAGGACAAAGUGACCAAGAGAGAGAGCCUUGGUAGCUUCAGCAUGAGAGACAAGAGCUGGAGGACUGGGUCCCCUGAGAUGAAACGCCUGUCUUGUUCAGAGUCCCUCUACAUGGACGGGGAUGCAAGCCCUCCCCUUGGUGCUCGACGACGCUUCUCAGCACUCAUGGAUACACAUCGUUUUGCCUCACCCCUAGACGGUGAGCCAGACUUCCUGUCUCGCCAGGUGCCCAUCAAGGUCCGUGGAACCUCACUGGAUGGGACCAGUGUCCCCUCACCCUGCCUCCUGGAGCAGAGGAACAGUCUGAAGGAGAUCAACGGAGCAGACAAAUCACCUAGAUAUGGAGAGACACCGGAGGUUACCACGGCUGUCCAAACAUUAUCCCCAGGUCCUGCAGCAGCCGGUCGUGACGUGAUGACUCCUCUAUAUGACCCUCUGGGGGCCCGGGCCACCAAUGACCUGGUCCUCCGCAGGGCUCGCCAUCAGCAUUUGUCUGGUGAUGGAGAGAAACGCAACUCCAGACACGGAAACAAGGUCAUCAAGUCAGCCUCUGCCACGGCUCUGUCUGUCAUCAUACCAUCAGUGGAGCAGCAUGGCGGCUUCUCUCCACUGGCCAGCCCCAUGUCUCCCCACUCUUUCUCCUCCAACCCUUCGUCCCGUGACUCUUCACCCAGCAGAGACUUCUGUCCGGCAGUCAGCGUUCUGCGCUCUCCCAUCACCAUCCAUCGCUCUGGAAAAAAGUAUGGCUUUACUCUCAGGGCCAUCAGAGUCUACAUUGGAGACAGUGAUAUCUACAGCGUGCAUCACAUUGUUUGGCAUGUGGAAGAUGGCGGCCCCGCCCAGGAAGCUGGACUGUGUGCUGGUGACCUCAUCACCCACGUCAACGGGGAGCCUGUCCAUGGUCUGGUCCACACUGAAGUGGUAGAGCUCAUCCUCAAAAGUGGAAACAAAGUGAAGGUGACAACCACGCCUUUCGAGAACACCUCUAUUAAAGUGGGUCCUGCCCGCAAGGCCAGCUACAAGUGUAAGAUGGCCAGAAGAAAUAAGAGGACCAUGGGCAAGGACGGCCAGGACAGUAAAAAGCGUAACUCCUUGUUCCGUAAGAUCACAAAGCAGUCCAAUCUGCUGCACACCAGCCGCAGCCUGUCCUCUUUGAAUCGCUCCCUGUCCUCCAGUGAGAGUCUUCCUGGCUCCCCAACUCACAGCUUGUCUGCCCGGUCCCCGACUCAGGGCUACCGCUCCACCCCUGAGCCCUCAUACCUGGGUGCUUCCUCCCAGAGCAGCUCUCCAGCCUCCAGCACUCCAAACUCUCCCGCUCCCUCUCAGCAUAUGAGGCCCAGCUCCCUGCACGGCCUCUCCCCUAAGCUCCACCGCCAGUAUCGUUCUGCCCGUUGUAAGUCUGCUGGUAACAUCCCCCUGUCCCCGCUGGCCCACACACCCUCUCCCACCCAGUCGUCGCCUCCACCCUUGCCUGGCCACACUGUGGGGAGCUCCAACACCACCCAGUCCUUCCCUGCCAAGCUCCACUCCUCGCCGCCGGUGGUCCGUCCCAGGCCCAAGAGUGCUGAACCCCCUCGAUCACCUCUUCUGAAACGAGUGCAGUCGGCAGAGAAGCUGGGCUCGCCUCUGACCCAGUCCAGUUCUACAGGAGGGCUAGGGGGUCCACUGAGGAAGCACAGCCUGGAGGUGCAGCACUCUGAGUACCGUAAGGAUGCCUUCCUCUGCGAGCUCGGGCUUCAGAGCCUGCUGGAGACCGAAGGGGAAAAUCUGCCUCCUAAUCCUCCACCCCUGCCCUCGUCCUCUACUUCCCCAGAGACUGGUGUCCUGAAGCCUGUGAGGAGACUAGGAAGACAGGAGUCCCCGCUUAGCAGGGAAACACUGCUGGCCGGGAGGGAGCGGGAAGACAGGGAGAGAGGGAGGGAGAGGGAGAAAGAGAGGGAGACUGAUACAGGGAUAGGUCUGGAGAGAUUGAGUCGGGUUGGAGCAACAAUAUCCCAGUCAUCCUUAACAAGAAGACCUCAUACAAGUGAGCUGCCCUUAAAUUUGCAGUCAGGCCCAAGCUCCAGAUUAAGUGCAGAAACCACUAAAGCUACAACUCCUAGCACCCCUACCAAAACAACAGGAAGUCUAGGUGGUCAGAAGGGGCCUGAAAAGAGUCCGACAGACUUAACUCCAAAACAGCAAGACCCCAAAGCAGCCAAAAUUAUGUUAUCUAAUAGUAAAGAUCCCCAGGAGCAGCUAAAGGGCCGAACUGAGCCAAAGCAGGAAGGAAACAACAAGAGUAGGCCUGGUUUACCUGGAGCUGCCUUCACCAAGAGCUCUGCUUCUACUCCAGAUAAAUCCAUCGGCAUCAACGCAACAGUGAUAGCAGGUCCUCUGAGCAUGAGCAAAACCUUUAAACCAUCAGGUAUGGGGGACAACCUGAGAAAGGCCGGCGCAGAGAGCAGUGACUCGAGGACUCCAGAUCUCGGCUCCAAAAGCCCCAAACUCCCAGCUCGCAUUCUCGCUCCCGUCGUCCCCCCACAUGGGCAGCAGCUCUCCCUGGGCAAGGUGAGGCAGGGACUCGGUCCAGUCAACUGCUACCGGGGGACCCUUGACUGGGAGGACAAAUGUCGCCUGGAGGUGGUGGAGGAGCAUUCGCCUUCCCCCUCUCCCUCCCCGACUUCCGUCACCCCCUCCCUCUGCGGUCCUUCCCUCUGUAAGUCACGGCCUGUCUCCCCUGGCGAAAAGACGAGCUUCGUCAGCCAGCUGACCACCGUGGCCAAAAACGUCCUCGGGCCAAUCAAGCUUGGCUCCCAGGAGGGGGCCAAGAGCAAAGAACAGCAGAUUAAGGCAACGGAGGAGAAGCAGGGAGGCACAGCAGGAAAGUCUGACACUCCUGCUGGAGGUCGAGUGGUUGUUGGGGCUGCAGUGGUGACCCAAAGUCCCGCUGGUUCACCGCUAGAGAAGGCUGCAACAGGUAGCAGCCCGCCGAAAAUGUGACCCCAUGGGUCCCCUAAAUGGAACUUUAGUAAAAAAAAAAAGAAAAAUAGAAAAAAGAUGCCUUUUUUGGAAGAACAAUGCAACAGGAG